ACAGCGCAGAGCACUUGCAUUGCUGUCCAGCGCAGCCGACAGCCGAGAAUUAGGACCGCUGUAAUAGCACUCAUCGUGCUGCGACGAAUCGCUGCUCGAAAUCGCUGUCAGACCGAGCACAGAGACAGCAUCAUGUGCCGGCCAGCCUCCCUAGCUGAGCAAAAGCAGGAACAGACAGCGGGCUUGAGCGUGCAAUGGCAGGACCUGACCGUCGGCGUCGGCCCCAAGCGCGUGCCCGUCCUCCGCAACUUGACGGGAGGCGCGAGCGCCGGCGCGCUGACGGCGGUGCUGGGCCCGUCCGGCUCUGGUAAAAGCACGCUGCUCGGCACCGUGUCGGCGCGCUUCCCGUCGCAAUUACGUGUCCUAAGAGGCUCCGUGCGCUACGACGGCGAGGCCUGGGACCGCUCGCGGCAUAAGCGGCGCGUGGCCUUUGUGGAACAGGAGGAUGCUCUACUAAAAGACCUGACCGUGCGCCAAACUUUGACAUUUGCCGCAGCAUUAAGAGGCGAGCCCGACCCGGCCGCACGAGCAUCACUAAUGCUCCACGAACUAAAUCUAGACAAGUGCGCCGACCAAGCGAUCGGAGGCGCGAACAUAAGAAGGGAGAUCUCGGGCGGCCAGCGGCGGCGCGUCUCCAUCGGCCACGAGCUUUUGUUGGAUCCUGGUUUAGUUUUGCUGGACGAGCCCACUUCCGGAUUGGAUAGCCACGCGGCCGCGAAGAUCUUUCGCAUCCUCAAAGACCUGUCGACGCGCGGCGUCGCCGUGCUCGCGACGCUCCACCAACCUACCGACGCCAUGUUUCUGGGGUUUGAUUCGCUACUAUUGCUGCGGGACGGCGAGGCCUCGUACGCCGGCGACCCGCAAAACGCGGUCGCGGCGAUCGCCCCGAAACCGCCGCCGAAGGGCAUGCCCAUUGCCGAUUAUUUGAUGGAAGUCAUUUGUGGCGACGACGCGAAACAGGCGACCGCGCGCGAGGCGGCGGCUACUACUGGCACCAUCAGUAUAUCAGAGGAGGCCGGGCCAGCUUUGCCCUGGCUGUCGCAAUUCAUCAUACUACUAAAGCGCUGCUUCCUCGCGCACCGGCUGGAUCUCGUGGACCCCAUGCUCCUGGCGAACAUGUUCAGCGUCAUGUUAUUAUCUGCAACUUUAUGGUCGGGCCAAGGGUCGAAGCGGCCGCGGACCGAAACGUCAGUACGGGACAUCUCGGGGUUGUUGUUUUUGAGUCCUGUUUAUUGGGCCUUCCAGCUCAUGAUCUUGGCGUUGUAUACGUUUCCGGCGGAUCGCGUCGUCGUCACCAAAGAGCGCGCGGCUGGAUUAUACUCCAUCAGCGCCUACUUCUUAGCAAGGACGUCCGUGGACACGCUCACUAUUGUGUUAAUGUCGCCUUUAUUAUCGUUGAUCUACUACUUUGCUGCUGGUUUAAGGCCAUCAGAGGUCGGCUGGCAUCUGCUCACGCUCUUCCUAAACUCGUUAUGUGCCCACUCCGCGGGAUUAUGUAUUGGCGCGUGGAUCAUGAAUCUGAAGCGCGCUACUACAUUACAAACGGUUUUUAUGCUGGCGACGAUGAUGUGCGGCGGGUUCUACGUGCGCGGCGUGCCGGUCUGGUUGAAAUGGUUUGGAGAUUUGAGUUUCACGCGCUACGCGUACGGCGCGCUCCUCAAGAUCGAAUACAAGGGCGCGCACUACGACUGCGCCGCGGGGAGGUGUACGGUGCUGCGCGAGAGCGCGUUAAUUGACGCGCGGAUCCGCCGUUCGAGCGUGGGGGCCGAUCUUGCUGUAUUAGCUGGUUUUGCCGUCGCGUUCCGGCUCCUGGCGUUCUUCGGGCUCAAGCGGAAUACCCACUAGCUCACACUCACUCACUCACUUCGUCCGCCUAACAUAAUCGUUUUGUUUUAG